AUGGCUCUAAAUUCAAACUCAAAACCCUUUCUUCUCUUCAACAUGCUCUUCCUAUUAGGUAAUUUAGCAUCUGCUGCUGUGUUUACCAUACAAAACCAAUGCAGUUACACAAUUUGGCCGGGAACACUUUCCGGCAACGGCGCGGCCGUUCUCGGUAGAGGUGGUUUUUUGUUAGCCCCCGGUGCAUCUGUUAACCUAACUGCACCGUCGGGCUGGUCCGGACGUUUUUGGGCUCGGACUGGUUGUAAAUUUGACGGUGCAGGCAAUGGACAAUGUAUCACUGGAAAUUGCCCCGGUGGACUAAAUUGCAUAGGAGGAGGUACUCCACCAGUGACAUUGGCGGAAUUCACUAUCGGAUCAGCCGGCAACGGCGGUAAGGAUUUCUACGACGUGAGUUUGGUGGACGGUUACAAUGUGGGAAUGGGCAUAUGGGCUAACGGAGGAACCGGUGACUGCCAAUACGCGGGGUGUGUUACCGAUUUGAAUAGUAAUUGUCCGACGGAACUUAGGGUGGGUGGCGGUGGUGGCUCCGGUUCGGUUGUGGCGUGUAAGAGCGCGUGUUUGGCAUUUAAUACGGAGGAAUUCUGUUGCACCGGGGAACAUUCGACGCCGGAGACAUGUUCGCCGACACGUUAUUCGGAGAUAUUUAAGAAAGCGUGUCCAACUGCUUACAGUUAUGCUUAUGAUGAUGCAUCAAGCACUUGCACAUGUUCUGGUUCUAGUUACCUUAUCACGUUUUGCCCUAGAGGAUCAUCGUGA